UCCCAUGAGUCAACUUGAGUCAUUGGCCAAUCACUGACAUUUUGUGAGAGGUUUCUUCGUAUCAAGUAUUGAUUUCUGCCCAUCAUUUGGUCUUCUUUUUCGACAGCUGUUAAAAGAAAUAUGAAUGUCCUCGUUUAUUCCGGUCCGGGGACCACCAUUGAAAGUGUUAAACACUGUGUUGAGUCAUUGAAGCUUCAUUUAUCCCCCUUUUAUGCAGUAAUACCAGUGACCGAUACGGUAUUAUUAAAUGAACCAUGGAUGUUCAAAACAAGUGCUCUUGUCAUUCCAGGAGGUGCAGAUUUACCAUACUGUAAACUACUUAAUGGUAAUGGUAAUGAAAGAAUUAAGAAAUUUGUUAAACUGGGAGGGAAAUAUAUAGGAUUUUGUGCUGGUGCUUACUAUGCUUCUAAAAGAUGUGAAUUUGAAGUUGGCUCCCCGUUAGAAGUUACCGGUAAUCGUGAAUUACAAUUAUUCCCAGGAACGAAACAGGGUUGUGCUUAUAAAGGGUUUGUUUAUGAAUCUCAUCAAGGUGCAAGAGCAACUCCUUUAACUGUGAAUAAAAGUGUCUUAUCAAAGUGCUCAAAUACCGUUUAUAAUUAUUAUAAUGGUGGGGGUGUAUUUUUAAAUGCUCUGAGUCACCGUGGAGUUGAAGUUUUAGCAAGGUAUUCAGAAUCUCUUGAUAUUGAAGAUGAUGAUAAAGCUGCAGUGAUUUAUUGUAAAUAUGGUAAAGGUGAUGUGCUUCUUUCUGGAACCCAUCCUGAAUUUACUGCUUCGCUUAUGAGACCGACCGAUUCCCAUGCCCAACAUAUCUGCGAUACAUUGAAAGAUCAAGAUAUAGAAACCAAUAGAAAAUUAUUUCUCCAACAAUGUCUAAUGAAGUUAGGUCUUCGUGUCAAUGAAGACUUGAACAUUUCAAUACCGAAGACAACUCCAAUUUAUUUAUCAUCUUUCCAGCAGAAUAAAGCUUCGGAUUUGGUUAAGUCAUUGAAAAAUAACCUUGAUUUUGUCAAUGGCAAUACUUUGGAAGAUAAUACUGAUACUUUUGUCUUUCACGAUGAUGCAUUUAUGGAUGAAGAAGAAUCUGACGUCACCAAUAUUCAGGUAUGCUGUGAGCUUCCAGAUAAUAAACUCACUCCUUAUUUCAAUAUGAAAGAUUACUAUAAUCAUCUUGAAGAAUUGUUUAAAUCGGAACCAAUUGGUGACUUUGGAUCCUAUUUGGGUUAUGGUGAAGUAGUUACAUCUACAAAUGCUUUGUUAGAGUCUAAUCCUCAAUUAUUACGCCACUUACCCAAUGGGUUUACCUUCACCGCUACCACUCAGGUCGCUGGUCGUGGAAGAGGUGGGAACGUUUGGAUAAAUCCUAAAGGUGUCAUGGCCUCAUCAGUAUUAUUCAAAAUGCCAUCAGGAUCUUCAAUUGUAACUUUGCAAUAUUUAUGUGGAUUAGCAAUGAUUGAAGCCAUUUUAAGUUACGGAAGUGAUAAACCUGGCGAAGGUAUAGGAUAUGAAGAUAUGCCCAUCAAACUUAAAUGGCCUAAUGAUAUCUACGCCCUUAAGACUGAAUUCUAUAAAGACAUCAAUGAUAAAAACAUUUUUAACGAAACAGUGGAAGGUGACGAUCAAAAAUAUGCUAAAAUUUCAGGAGCUCUUGUCAAUUCACAAUAUUUAGAUAAAACAUUCCAUCUAGUCUGGGGUUGUGGUGUUAAUGUAUCCAAUUUUGCCCCAACUACUUCCCUUAAUAUGGUUUUAAAUCGCUUAAAUGAACUCAGACAAGAAAAACAUUUGGAACCUUUACCACCUUAUCAACAUGAAAAAUUAUUGGCCAAACUAAUGUUCAUCCUUGACAAGUUCUAUAAUGUCUUCCUCAAAUCAGGUUUGGCACCUUUCCUACCAUUAUACUACAAAAGAUGGUUUCAUAGUGAACAGAAAGUUAAAGUUGAUGUUGAAGGGUCUGGCCGAAAUCUUCGUACCUGUGUGAUCAAAGGUAUCACUUCCGACUACGGCCUAUUAAUUGCCCAAGAUACAAACACUGGCGAACGCUUAGAAUUGCAACCCGACGGUAACUCCUUUGACAUUUUUAAAGGUUUAGUAUAUAGAAAAGGUUAGUGUACAUAUAUUUUGAC